AUGGCUGUCUGGGAUUUCGCGAUGCCAUCUCCUUUGCAUUUGUGCCGUGCGUUCCACAACUCCUGGGCAUCCUGGACUGCGUCCGAAGCACGUCUACGCAUUGCCACCUCAGCGUCGGAUACCACUCCACUGCCUGCCGAAGCGAUCCAUGCUCCGCCAUUGCCACCACCGGUGGACACGGUGUACUGCAGCACGGAUGCUGGGUUCUCGGGCCCGGAUCGCUCCCCAACAUUCGGUUUCUACGUGCGCAGCAUGGAUGGCGCCUUUGUCGCAGCGGCUAGCGGCCCUCUUGCUUGUCCUUAUGACCCCCUCUUAGCUGAAGCCAUGGCGAUACACGAGGCCCUUUCGUGGUUGCAAGAGCAUAACUACCACAAUGUUCAGAUCCUAUCAGACUGUGCGGUUCUCGUUGCUAGUUUUCGGGAUGCCGGUUCUUAUCGUUCGUAUCUUGGUAUUGUUUUAGAUUCGUGUUUGCGUUUAAUUAAUUCUUUUCCAGCUUGUUCUGUUAAGUUUGUACGCAGAGGCUCCAAUUUGGUAGCUCAUGCUUUAGCUAAACAUGUAAGUGCGGUAGAGGCACGAACUGUCUGGAGGGAUUCACUUCCUCCUUUUAUUUCUCCUGCUAUGAUAUAA